UGAGCUCCUCCCUCCCCUCUUUUCCAAAUCCAAAUCCUAAUGCUUUGAUUUGCAACUGGUUUUUCCAUCAAAUCAGAAACACUAAAUAUGGCUUAGCUCCCCUAAACAUCUUGUCCCGCCCCGCUAUUUUAAUUCAACUGAAACUUAAACAAGCUAGCGCAACACUCGACACGAAGCGUCGUCCUCUCGGCCACUUUCACGACCACCCACCAGCAGCAUAGCUUCCUCUUUUUCCAUAGAUGGAAUCACGGAAGCUCAACCUCUCUCUCUUGCAGUGCACCCACCACCAGUCCACCACCGCCACUGUCCUCUCUCCCUUUGGGUCACUUCUCUGUUCCCUCCUCCACCAUUUUCCCAUCAGCUCUGCAAGCUGCGUGCUGACGCGGUCGAACCUUUGCUUGUCUGGAGGCUUUCUCUCCACCAGCGCAAGCUCGACACACACCGGUGUCUAUGAAGGAUAGCCUUGCCCUUGUGUGCUUUGCAGGGACUAGCAGAUAUGUUGAUCGAAACUCUUACCUUAGCUUUCUGUCUCUACUACUCCCCUGAUGUGAUUAGAUACAUGAUACAAAGAUUAUUCGGUGGAACUCUGUGGCGUCCAGGUAGGAACGCUCCAUGCCGUCGCAAUGCAGGAAGCCUUUUCGUUUGGAAUCUUUUACACAGCCACCCCACAGACGACACGGCGCUCUCCCUAGCCAUGUAGCUCAAGGACGAACCAGACCGAACAAUCUGAUUUGACUCACGUCACGUAUAGGUACAGGAGCAUCUAGGGCGUGCGUGCAAGGUUCAGCACGCAGCAUUUAACGUUGAGGCCCCGAAGCCAUUUCUGUGCUCUGCCCAUCUUUUUUCUCUCACAAAUCCAACCGAGGUAGAGUGAGCGAAAGAGGAAGAAGCAUUUGCUGCUCUGCGCCGUGCCGUGCCCUCCUGUGCGCAGCCGCCGCCACCAUCCGGUCGUCCUCUCUCCCUCUCGGUUCCUUCCACCACCACCACCACCACCUCUCCUCCUCACACGCCAAGCUCACGCACAUUGGCGUCGCCCCCCAGCUUCCUUUCGGAAUCGCAGCUCCAGCCAUGGCAUCCUUGGCCAACCUCCUGAUCUCACUUUUCUCGCUCACCCUCGUGCUCCUGCAUGCUCCUGCACCUGCGGUAUGCGACGACCUAGUCGCAGGCCUCUCUCCAAGCCAUCGCACAUACAUUGUGAUGCUGAGGCCACCCAUCGAAGCCGGCAGCGAGGACGACCACCGCUGGUGGCAGGAUUCCUUCCUGCCAACGCCUCUCGCCGGCUCCGAUGAGCCACGCCUCAUCCAUACCUACACUGAGGUCUUCACGGGGUUUGCCGUGAGGCUCACCGAAGAUGACCUCGCCAUGGUGUCCCAGAGGAAGGAGUUUCUGCGGGCGUUUCCAGACCAUCUCUGGCGCCCCAGCACCACUCACACUCCGAAGUUCCUCGGACUGGAGAAAGAUGCCGGGCUGUGGAGGGACACCAACUAUGGCCAAGGAGUCAUAAUCGGGGUCCUGGACACCGGCAUAUACGCAGAGCAUCCUUCCUUUGAUGACAGUGGCAUCCCGCCACCCCCAUCAAAGUGGAAGGGCUCAUGCCAUGGCGCUGCACGCUGCAACAACAAAUUGAUAGGUGCCAAAUUCCGUAAUCCCAGAGCAUAUGAUUCCGGUGAUGACACGGGGCAUGGAACACAUACCUCGUCCACCGCAGCUGGGAACUUCGUCAGUCAUGCCUCAGCCCACGGCCUCGGCAGGGGCACAGCUGCCGGAAUUGCUCCACAUGCACACUUGGCCAUGUACAGGGUGUGCAUAAUUCUUGGGUGUGCAUCCUCGGACAUAGUUGCCGGGUUAGAUGAAGCCGUCAAGGAUGGUGUUGAUGUGCUUUCACUCUCCCUCGGCCCCUUUUUUGAUGUCAACUUCACUGAUGAUCCGGUUGCCAUUGGCACAUUCAAUGUGGUAGCAAAGGGUGUUGUUGUCGUGGCUGCAGCUGGUAACAACGGUCCAAGGUCCUUUAUUGCCAACUCUGCACCAUGGUUGCUCACAGUUGCAGCUGGCUCGGUGGACCGAAGCUUCCAGACCGUUGUGCAGCUUGGCAACGGCGAGCACAUCAGUGGGGAAGCUUUCAAUCAGACUGCGAACUCAAACUCCAACUCUGUUUCUCUGUAUUGGAACAAACACUGCAAGUCAUCAUUGGCUGGAAGAAAUGUGUCUGGCAAAAUUGUGAUUUGCCAUAACACAGGACCAAUGAAUGACACAGGGUCAGCAAUCAACCAGUCUGACAUCAGUGGCAUCAUGAGUGCCGGGGCGGCUGGCAUAGUCCUGAUCAACAGGAAAGAUGCUGGCUUCACCACCCUUCUGGAGGAUUAUGGCAGUGAUGUUGUGCAGGUGACCGUGGCUGAUGGCAACAAUAUCAUAGAGUAUGCAAGGGCAACAAGCAAAGCCAGUGCCAAAGUCAUAUACAAGAACACUAUGCUUGGUGUCCGUCCAUCUCCCACUGUCGCGGCAUUCUCAUCCCGCGGUCCCAGCACGUUCAGCCCCGGUGUGCUAAAGCCAGAUAUAUUAGCACCCGGGCUCAACAUCAUUGCUGCAUGGCCACCACUCACCAUUCUUGGAUCUGGGCCAUUCAACAUUAGAUCAGGGACAUCCAUGUCGACUCCACAUGUCAGUGGAAUCGCUGCGCUUGUCAAGAGCUCCCAUCCUGAUUGGUCUGCUGCUGCUAUCAAGUCAGCCAUCCUCACCACAGCUGACAUCACGGACAGCGCUGGUGGCCCGAUCUUGGACGAGCAGCAUCAGAGGGCAACUGCGUAUGCCAUGGGUGCUGGCCAUGCCAAUCCUAUAAAAGCUAUUGACCCGGGCCUUGUGUAUGACCUUAGCAUCACUGAAUAUGCUGGCUACAUAUGCGCUCUCCUCGGUGAUCAAGGCUUGGCAACCAUUGCGCGUGACCCGACGCUGUCCUGCAAAAUGCUUCCCAAGAUACCAGAGGCACAGUUGAACUACCCAUCCAUAACAGUGCCACUCAGGACAAGGCCAUUCACGGUGAACAGAACCGUGACAAAUGUGGGGCCAAUAAAUUCAGUAUACACACUGAAGAUGGAGGUUCCCAAGUCGCUCACAGUGCGAGUCUACCCAGAGACGCUGGUGUUCUCCAAGGUUGGACAAAAGAAAACAUUCAGCAUUACGUUCCUUUCAAUGCUUAGGUUCAGUUGGGCACUAAUAACUAUUUCGGGUGCUUUGAAAUUAGAUUUUGAUGAUAUUAAGGUCAUCAUCAAUCUACAUGAACAAAGGAGAGAUAGUGGCCGCAGCGUUGCCGCUGGACGGCGCACACUGGAGCUCGAGUAUGCAGCCACGACAGAGCUGCUCGGACAUCACUGUAUGUUGACGUUCUCUAUCACUCCUGAACACCUUGAACUCUCCUCUACUUGAUCUAGAGGUUUCUGGGACCUAAAAUGCUCGUGUGCUGAGACAAAAUCCCCAACUCUCGCCUUUAAACCCAGCAUUUAUAUUAGGCCUAAACCCAUAAUUUAUACUGAUGUUUAACUCAAAUUCCCACCUCAAUGGUUUCUGCUAUAAAACUGAGGUGAUGGUGUCGUUAAGUCCUAAGUAUUUUGCUUGCCUUAAAGCAUUUCACUAUUUUCUUCAUGUCGCCAGCUUUUUCCGUUAAUGAAACCGUUGUGGUGACAUGGGAUUUGUGCUUGUACGUGAGAAAAGAAAAAUGAUGGCAUGAAGAAAAACACCUUUUUUUGAUGCAAUUGCUCCUUUUUGUUCUUGCUUGCUGGCUUUGUCUCUACUCUGGAUGCAAUUGCUUCUUUAGGCAUGCUUCUCAGCUCCUCCCCCUCCCACGACAGCCAGCAUUGGUGGUCUCUCAGGUUACCACCUCCUUUGGUUCUUUGUUUUUUUUUUUUAAUUGGGAAAGAGAAGUGGAGACAGUGGGAAGGGGGGAACUACGGCCAGGUGCACAGUGGGUUUUAUUCUGCAUAUCAUAAUACAACAUUGCGUGAUGGAGUCAUCAAUGGCAUCCAGAAGACCAGGGAAGCAUAUGACAAUAUUCCCAUCAUGGUGACUGGACAUUCUAUGGGAGGGGCCAUGGCUUCGUUUUGUGCCCUUGAUCUUAUUGUGAGUGCUAAUAUUUGUCUGAAGAAGAUAUGCUUUCAUUUAUUUAGAAGUUUCUCUACUUUUCAUGAAUGCAUCCUCCUGCUAAAUUCUACUACAAGCUGACCUUUUUGAAUGGAAUAGGGUGCAUUGUUGGGGAUUCCAUUCCUCCUCUGUUCUUAGUUUUAAUCGAUUCUUUCAUGUGUAUAAAAUGCAUUGAAAAAACUUCUAACAUCACUAAAAUCAAUACUACAUAAGUACUGCACAAUUCUCAGACUGAACUCUCUUUACAUUUGACAGACUAGUUAUUGCUAAUAUUUUGUUGGGAAUGACAGCAAGUGUCGGCGAAUCAAGAACCUCAGUAAUAGUAUAAUUUGAUUUCUGUGCUGUUCUUCUGAAUACAAAAAUCUUAGACGAGGCAGAUGUAACUAUCUUUGUUCAUGUGGUUCAGUGGCAUCAAGCAUAAGUAGUACUAGCGUCUGUUUUUGUCUAUCCUGAAAAGUACGACAUGCUUCUGAUUUUAGCCACCAUAUUGGGCUCGAUAGCCUAGUAUACCCGAUCGAGCAAAUCUGUGACGAUUCUGGUGAAGAUCCCACUUGCAGCAGGUCCGUCAGUGGAAAUAGCGUGCAAGACCAUAUCCACUAUCUUGGCAUCAGCAUGCAUUCCGAGUCGCGGGGAUCAUGCAGGAUCGUCACGGAUGACAAUAUGCUCAGGUACAAAGUUGGCACUGUAGACGGCGCUAUUGUCUUCUCGAAGCAGCCUGGUUUAUCAGUUGAUCAGCUACUCAGUGCACAGUGAACAAGCUGAAGAUUACAUGGAUUUGUUUUUAUGGUUCAUUUCUGCCAAAGUACAAUAUUCUUGUUGGCAAUCAAAGCACUAUCUCAUGUAUAUAUACACGCGUUAUCCUGGCUGGAUUAAAUUAUCAUAGCCGAGGGUGUAUUUCUGAAAUGUACAAACAUAUUUGUGCUGAUUAACUUGUUCAUAUUCUUGUAUAUAAUUUAAUUUAUUUAAGCAUGGCGGUUGCUUUCA